CCAGAGUCCAGUAAAAGCAGCUGAUUGGCUGCUGUUCUCACAGCCAAAACACAACAGAAAUUGUUCUAGCUACGUACGUGAAGUACAGGCAGAAUCAUGAGUCUCAGAAAGCAGACCCCCAGUGACUUUCUGAAGCAGAUCAUUGGCAGACCAGUUGUGGUCAAGCUCAACUCUGGAGUGGAUUACAGAGGUGUCCUAGCCUGUCUGGAUGGCUAUAUGAACAUUGCAGUGGAGCAGACAGAGGAGUAUGUCAAUGGGCAGCUGAAGAACAAGUAUGGUGACGCCUUCCUGAGAGGAAACAACGUGUUAUACAUCAGCACCCAGAAGAGGAAGAUGUAAUGCAGAGGAUUUGUCCUUUUUUUAUUUUUUUUUAUUAUCCCUGAUGUUGUUCCAGUUGAUUAUGUUAUAUGAAAACAUUGUUUUUCGUAUUGUUUAAUGUCUCUGAGCUGAAGAGUGUUUCGUUUUUUGUAAAAAAGAGCACAAUCCAAUAAAUGUUUUUGGAAAUUUAA